AUGAGAAGCAAUGGCAAAGAGUUUGAGAGAAAGCAAUGGUUGAGUGUGGCAGAAGCGGAGGUCGGCCAGCGGCUAGGGGUGGUCCAUGGUGGUCUCAGCGAGCACAAGGAGGCCGAAGGCGGUCGAAGAUGGCCGCAUAACCGUGGCAGCCAUGGCCAACGCACAACGAGCAGCAACAGGUACGAGGAUGCGAGGCAGGGGAGGCUGCGGCUCACAGCGGUGGAGGUGCCAGCAGCGAUGCGAGCGAAGCAGCAGGCGGUGGCGGCUGGGCAUGGUGGAGGAGCCGAUUGCAGGAAAAAAAUGAGAUCAGAUCGUCAGUGGAUGUAUAUCAGGCGUAAAGAGGAUGGUUAUGUUUCUACGGAAUUUAUCAAGGGUGUUGAGAAGUUUGUUAAUUUUGCUAAGAGUCAACCAGAGUGGAUGGAUGGGAAUAAGAUUAAAUGUUCUUGUAAUCAACCAAAGUGUAGGAACACGGCUUUUCGUGACCAGGAUACCGUGACAAGUCACUUGCUCACCAAAGGUUUCGUACUGGGGUAUUAUGAAUGGACACUUCAUGGGGAAGUUAUUGCUACGGUAGAUUCGGUCGAUAUGUCUUACUCAGCAUCAACACUUGAAGCAGAGUCAAGCAACUUAUUUGAGACUAUGGUAAUGGAUGCUGCCGGGCCUGAUUUCAAUCCGAAUAUGGAGGAGGAACCUCCAAAUCCGGAAGCUCAAGCAUUCUAUGACAUGCUUAGUGCUGCAAAAAAAGAGUUAUAUCUUGGUUGUCAAAAGCAUACGCAGUUGUUGCUUGUUUCUAGAUUGCUUAGCUUUAAGUCAGAACACCAUCUAUCUGAGAGGGGAUUUAAUCAACUUUGUGAAUUACUUAAGGAGGUUCUUCCUGAACCUAAUACGGUGAUUGAUAAUUUUUACAGUACUAAAAAACUGGUUCGAGGGUUGGGCCUUCCUGUUGAGAAAAUUGAUUGUUGUAGAAAUAACUGUAUGAUUUUUUGGGGUGAUGACAGUGAUUUAACAGUCUGCAAGUUUUGUCAUGAGAAUCGGUACAAGCAAGUUGAUCAAGCUGACAGUAGCAAACGACAAAAAACUUGUGUUCCUUAUAAGAAGAUGCAUUAUUUUCCUUUAACUCCUCGGCUUUUGAGAUUGUAUGCAUCCAAUUCAACAGCAGCAGAAAUGAGGUGGUACGCAGAUCAUGUGGUCGAAGAUGGCGUCAUGCGUCAUCCGUCGGAUUCCCCUGUGUGGAUUCAUUUUAACCAGACUCAUAAGGAAUUUGCUGCCGAGAAAAGGAAUGUCAGACUUGGUCUUUGUACUGAUGGGUUUCAGCCGUUUGGUCAAUCUGGGAAGCAAUAUUCUUGUUGUCCUGUCAUUGUUACGGUGUAUAAUUUACCACCCUGGAUGUGUAUGAAGGAUACAACAAUGUUCUUAACAGUGUUAGUGCCAGGACCAGAGAAUCCUAAGGCAAAACUUGAUGUUUUCUUACAACCCCUUAUUGCAGAGUUGAAACAUUUGUGGGAUGUUGGUGUGCAUGCAUAUGAUAUCUCAUUGAAACAAAAUUUCCAACUGAGAGCGGCUUUGAUGUGGACCAUUAGUGAUUUUCCUGCAUAUUCAAUGCUCUCGGGGUAUAGCACGGCAGGAAAGCUGGCAUGUCCUUAUUGCACGAUUCACUCGGACGCAUUUUACCUGUCAAAGAGUCGAAAGAUUUCAUGGUUUGAUAACCAUCGAAAAUUCUUGCACCGAGAUCAUCCGUAUCGACGGAAUAGGUAUGGAUUUCGCAAAAAUACUUUGGUAAAAAAAACACCACCUCCUGUACUGUCUAGACCUGAGAUACUUGCUUCCUUGGAUGAGUUGGGUUUAGUGAAGGCAACACAACCCAAUGCUGCACAGACUAAUGCGGAUAACAGUCAUGGUAGUGGUUGGAAGAGUAAGAGCAUUUUUUGGGAUUUGCCUUAUUGGAAAACUCAACUUAUUCGACACAAUUUGGAUGUUAUGCAUAUAGAGAAAAACGUGUUCGAAAAUGUGUUCAAUACAGUGAUGAAUGUACCGGGCAAAACUAAGGACACAGUGAAGUCGAGAGAAGAGUUGAAUCAAUAUUGUCGCCGCAUUACUCAAUCAACUUUUACUCUGAACAAGAAAGAAAAAGCUGCCAUGUGUGCGUGGGUAAAAAAUUUAAAAUUUCCUGAUGGGUAUGUGUCGAACAUGGCUAGAUGUGUUGACACAAAGAAGCUUAAGUUGUUUGGGAUGAAAAGUCACGAUUGUCAUGUGUUCAUGCAAAGGUUGGUGCCCAUUGCAUUUCGAGAAUUACUACCGCAAAAAGUAUGGGAGACAUUGACUGAGUUGAGUCUUUUCUUCAAAGAUUUGACAUCGACCACUAUUAAAAGUGAGCAUAUGAUGAAAUUAGAGAAUGACAUCCCCAUCACUUUGUGUAAGUUGGAGCUCAUAUUCCCUCCAAGUUUCUUUGACUCUAUGGAGCAUCUUCCAGUCCAUUUGGCUUAUGAAGCAAGGAUAGCAGGUCCAGUUCAAUAUCGAUGGAUGUAUCCGUUUGAAAGAUACCUUGGAAAGUUAAAGAAAACAGUUAGAAAUAAAGCUCGAGUGGAAGGCUCUAUUUCUAAUUCAUACGUUGUGGAAGAAGCGUCAUUGUUGUGUUCUCAUUACUUUGAGGACCAUGUUGUUACAAGGCAUACACGAGUGCCGCGCAACGAUGCUGGUGUUGUAAAUGAAGGGGAUGACCAGGAGGGGAAGUUAUCAAUUUUCAAGCAUUCUUGUCGACCAUUUGGAUGUAAAAAGUCACGAAUGUUAUUCGGUGAAGAAUAUGAUGUUGCACACAGAUAUAUUUUGAUGAAUUGUCUAGAAGUUGAACCGUAUCUGCAAAUUUAUGAUGCUGAGCUAAGGCAACGUAAUCUCGGCAUUGGCGACCACAUCAUUGAACAAUUAACAAAUAAGGAAUUCUCUUCUUGGUUCCAUAAUUAUGUUCGCGAUCCUACGAACAAUGUGACAAAUUCAUACAUAAGAGAUCUCGCAAAAGGACCUUUUAACACUGUUACAACGUACCCUGGCUGCUUUGUUAAUGGAUUUAAAUUUCACACGAUUAGCCAUGGUUCGAAUAAAGGCACUAUGAAUAGUGGCAUAUGCGUUAAAGGAUCCAACUACGAUGAUCCCGAGAAGGACUAUUAUGGUCGGAUAACAGAGAUUAUCGAUCUUGAGUAUCUUUCAGUAUCGUCAUUCAAGAAAGUUGUAUUGUUCAAGGGUGAUUGGCUUAUUCCAACUUUGAACGAGGGGGUGAAGAUUCAUCAUGCAUAUAAGAUCGUCGAGGUCAAUGAAAAGAAGAAAUGGAAUACAAACGAGCAAUUUGUAUUAGCUUCUCAAGUGAUUCAAGUAUAUUUUUGCAAAUAUCCAAGCUUGAGGCGUAACAAAAGCGAUUGGUUGGUUGUAACAAAAGUCAAACCAAGGUUCAUAGUAGAGGUUCCACAAUCUUUUGAUAAUCAAGAGGCGACCCUUCCACGUGAAGCGUUGCCUUACCAAGAGGAUGACGUGGAACUACACGAUAUCGCAGUUGAUGAUGCCCAAAUCCUUGAGACAGUGAAUGAUGGUGACCACGCUGAUUUAAAUGAUGAGCCAGUUAUGGAAUCAGAAUUUGAUGAAGCUCCAAAGUUGAAUGAUGAGCAAAUUUUAAGAUCUGAUUCUGAAGAUAAGUCUGAAUCGUAUGAUGAGCAAGUCUUGCGAUCAGACUCUGAAUAUGACUCUGAAUCAGAGGAUGAAUAA